AUGAAUUUCACCCAAUUAGAACCCCCUUCUGUGCAAGAUCUCCUGCGCUCCGGAAAGCCAUUUGUCCCCUUUUCCGAGUUCUCGGUCCAUGACCUCUGUGACCUAAGUCACAAAGAAGCCAAUGACUGGCUGGAACGCAGGUUGCAGGAAGAAAAGCCAUUUAUUAUUCAUGACUUUGACAAGCUCGACAAUUGGGACAAGGGCGUUCUGAGCAGCAAGAGCCUGGUAGACCUGUCUUCCUCGGGAUCAAUACCUGUGAGGAACUGUCAGACGGGACGAGAUGUGCGUAUGAAGCUUGCGGAUCUUUUCCAGUGUCAGACGGACCCUACGCGAAGUAACAAUGUCCGAGAAUCUCUAUAUGCAAAAGAUCUUCAGUGUCCGGAGGAGUGGGUUAAAGCUUUGAGAGCCAUCUUACCAUCCUCUUUGCAGCACUUGGGUUCCUUGGACUUGUUCCGAGUAUUGCCCCGAGAAAUUGCACCAGAGGUCUUGAUGGCGUAUGCUGGAACCCAAGGAUCUUUUUCCGGCUUUCAUAGAUGCUUUAGCGGGACAGUUGCUCUCAAUCUUGUGACCGAAUCCAAAGGCCGUCGGUCAGGUUCAAUCUGCUUCGGUACUGACAGACAAUCGCAAACAGAAUAUGACGCUUACAUGGAGGAAUUGGGAAAGUCAUCGCAUACUGACUGGGCCAAUGCUUCGAUCGCGCAGCUCCGAUCAGCCAAUUUUCCCAUCUAUGUUACCUACCAAGAACCUGGCGAUCUGAUUGUCUAUCCAUCAGCAACUGCACACCAAGUUUGGAACAUUGGUCCAAUGGUUACCAGGGUCGUUUGGAAUAUCAUGCAUACAUCUUCCAUGGUAUCUUUCUUUGAUUACAUCCAACCCGCGUAUCAAAGGCAAUGCCAUACAGACACCGGCCGAGUCCCAUUGAUACCGCUACAUGCACUUAGGGAUCCUACUACGCUUAGCGCAAAAGAGCUGAAACUCCUUUUGGAGAUCUUCGAGCGGCUGGUCGAUGAUGAUGAUGCGGGUUCAGAUGUGCCUGUAAAGCUUGUGGAUACUCAAGGUGCCGUGGUGGAAUGCAAUUAUUGUGGACUGACUAUCUGGAAUCGGCAUUUGCAUUGUGAGCAGUGCGGGGAUUUCGACUUAUGCUUGCCUUGCUUUGUCUCUGGACGAAGUUGCAAACAUAUUACGGACUAUACCUGGGCAGAGUUGAUUCCCAGAGAAGAUUGUCAAGCGUUAAUCGAUGCAACCCGAAAGAACACUGAUUUUAUAUCCCCUUCAAACCCCAUGAUAGCAGAGCAGAAAUCUCUGGGUCUUUUGGCUAGGGCUGCGGCGGAUACUCGACGACAGUCUAUGGAACGCCUUUGCCAUCUGUGCCGAGACAACCAUACAGUGUGGAAAGGGAUCACAUGCUCCCAGUGCUCUGCGUUCUUCUGCUUCCGUGGUCUCAACAGACAUUUUGAUAUUGAUCUCAUUCCUCUGCUCCGAAAAGAGGGCCCGUGGGUGUGCCCCAAGUGCUCUCAACGGUGCAACUGCCGAUGUUGCCACUUUGCUCAGCCAUAUCAGAGUAAAGAAAAACCCGUCAGAGCCCGCAUCAAGCCUGCCGAUCCCCGAGGCCGUGUUAUGGGCUUUGUAGACAAUGUGUUCGAUCAGAAGAGAGGAAAGAGAGCCAGCGCAGGGCCACAAAUAACACCUUCGCAGACGACCAUCUCUCUGCAAGGGCGAAAACGGCCUAGGCCAAACAGCAGCGAAGGCUCCGAGCAACGACUGCUGGACCGCAGCAGGUUUUCUUCUACGGAGGACACUCAACCGCCUGGCAUCGUGAGAUCAGAAUCAGACGACUUACGGAGCGGAGACACUGCUCAACCAAAUAUACAUCUCGCCAAAUUGCAUUCUUAUGGGAAUCCUUGGCCUAAAGGACAGCUUCGAAUUUGUGACCUGGUUGAGAGCCGGGAUGAGAGUGCGGCGGCCGAAGGAAGCUCUCGCAAUCAUGCCUCACAGUACCACCCUGCUGCACUUCCUGAGAUAUCAAACCGGCUUCAUCACUCUUCAAGAGAAAACAACUCUUCCUUCUCAUCUACAAGUGAAGAGAGUAUCCUUACUUUGGAGAAGAGACUGGACGCUCUUCGUCGAUAUGCGGAUGAUCUUCUCGAGCUCUCUUUGGUGGAGUCGCAUGCUAAAGUGCUUGAGAAGAUCACUGCAUUUGAAACCCAGAUUGACCAGAUCAGGAGGCGAAAGGCCGAAACGCUCUUCAGUAAUUUGAAUCGGGACUUUCCCGACCUGGCCAACGUAGCCAUGGAAGAGGCGCGACGGCGAGGGCUAUGA